AUGUUCAAAAGAUCACUAUCGAAUACUACUAAAAAAAUGGUUGCAUCUAAUUUAAUUGAAGCUAAUAGUUUCCAAGUUACUACCUACGCAAGACCCGAAAAUCUAUGUUUUACAAGAGGUAAAAAUGCUAUUCUUUUUGAUGAUAUUAAUAACAAGCAAUAUAUUGAUUUCACUGCAGGUAUUGCUGUAACUGGGUUAGGUCAUAGUAACCCUGAAGUAGCAGAAGUUAUUUCCAAACAAGCCUUAAAGUUAGUUCAUUCAUCAAAUUUAUAUUAUAAUGAAGAGUGUUUGAAAUUAAGUGAAAAAUUGAUAGAAAAAACAAUCCAAUUUGACGGGCAAUCUGAUGCAACAAAAGUUUUCUUAUGUAAUUCUGGUACUGAAGCAAACGAAGCUGCUUUAAAAUUCGCCAAGAAACAUGGUAUUAUUAAGAAUCCUAAAAAGCAAGGUAUUAUUGCGUUCGAAAAUUCUUUCCAUGGCAGAACGAUGGGUGCACUAUCUGCAACUUGGGGUAUAAAAUAUAGAGUACCAUUUGGAGAUUUGGUUCCACAUUUCAAAUUCUUAAAUAUUAAUGACGAAUUAGGUAAAUUACAAGCCUACAUUGAGCAAAAUGCUUCAGAAAUUGCAGGUUUGAUUAUCGAGCCAAUUCAAGGUGAAGGUGGUAUCUUCCCAAUUCCAACUGAAAAAUUAAUCGGUUUGAAAAAAAUAUGUCACGAUAAUGAUAUCAUCGUUAUUUAUGAUGAAAUUCAGUGUGGUUUAGGACGUUCAGGUAAAUUAUGGGCCCAUUCUUACUUACCAAAGGAAGCUCAUCCUGAUAUUUUUACAUCUGCCAAAGCUUUGGGUAAUGGUUUCCCAAUUGGUGCUACAAUUAUCAAUGACAAGGUCAAUAAUGCUCUACAAGUUGGUGACCACGGUACGACAUAUGGUGGUAAUCCACUAGGUUCUGCUGUUAGUAAUUACGUAGUUGAUGUUAUUGCUGAUCAAAAAUUUUUAGAUCACGUUAAUGAAAAGAGUAAAAUUUUUGUUUCAUUCCUAAAAAGUUUGCAAGAGAAAUAUCCAAAUCAAAUUAAAGAUGUUAGGGGUAAAGGUUUAAUAUUAGGUGUUGAAUUUGCUGAAUCACCUGCUUCAAUUGUUGUGAAGGCAAGAGAAUUAGGUUUAUUGAUUAUUACUGCUGGUAAGACUACCGUUAGAUUCGUUCCAGCUUUGACUAUUGAAGAUGAUAUUGCCCAAAAAGGUUUAGAAAUUUUUGAGCAAGCUGUUAAAGAAGUAUUAAAUUAA